CCGCCCUCAUACUUCGCCCUACCUCACCCUCCCUCGACCAAGGAUCACUCGCGUGAGGUCGAUAGCACAACGCAACAUGGCCGACAAUAGCAAGGGAAAGGCUUGGCCCCUUGCCGACGCCGACCUUACUAACCAAAUCAUGGACUUGGUGGAGCAAGCAUCUUCAUAUAAGCAACUGAAGAAGGGUGCCAAUGAAGCGACCAAGACCCUCAACCGUGGUAUCGCGGAGUUCAUCAUUUUGACGGCAGACACCGAACCUUUGGAGAUCUUGCUUCAUCUGCCGUUGCUUUGCGAGGAGAAGAACGUCCCGUACGUCUUCGUUCCCUCGAAGGUCGCCCUGGGUCGCGCCUGCAACGUUUCCCGGCCUGUAAUUGCUGCGAGCGUCACCACCAAUGAAUCUCGCGAGCUGCAAAGCCAGAUUCAAGCCGUCAAAACUCAGAUCGAGAAACUCAUCAUUUGAUCACCCUCAUAUGCUGCUGUUUUCGAUAUUGCUCUUGCUCUACUCCAAUGCCAAAAUCCAAAGCUUGAACCAGGCUCAGUGUGGCCUGACCAUGAGGGUUGCAUAGCUUCAGAGAGCGCCCGCAGUCGUUGCGCUCAUAAAGCGAUUCGAUGCGCCGGCUUCAAGGCAGAAAAUUGUGGCAUGCAUCUGUCGAUUGUCGAGCGUCUCUGUGCGUCGCAUCGGAUCUUGUCAAUGACAAUACGUUUCCG